CUGAGUUUGGCAACAAUAAACUUCCCGCACUUUUCGUGCUUGUGUUUAUAUUUUUUUGUAAUUUGAUUAAUUGCAAUGGGCAUUUUACUCCCUUAUGAGUAUGUUUCAAUCAAAGAUUUUCAAAUUUAAUGGAACUGCAUGGAACCCAUAUCAUGCCAGAAACUUCUUGCUUGUAUCUGAAGAUGAAAGAACUUUUUUGAACACUAUCCCAGGUUGGGCUGACAAAGUCUCUUCUUGUGCAGUUGUAAUAGAGAAGGCUGAGUCAGCAGUUGUAGAUGUUCAUUCUAUUGGCCUAAUUGAAACUGCAGCAGUACAGACAAUACCAAGUAAGGAGGAACUUUUGAAAUCAUUUUUAAAAUUUGAAGCUAUUUCAAAUUUGAAAGAAAAAAGUACCACUUCAGUUGUUGAUACAAAUAAUCGUGCAUUAAGUAAAUGCAAGUCACUGUCUAAUCUAUGUAACAUCAGAACACCUGUAUUUUGUGAAACCCGUUCUUCUUCUUUACCUGACCUAUUUAAAACUACUGAAUUUUUAUAUUCAAAGAUUAAACAUCAAAAUAACGUAAUGGAAAAUAUCAAUUUGAACCAAACAUAUACUGUACAGUAUCAACGACAAAUAGACAAUUGUAGAGAAAAGGCCAUUUUUGAAGUUGAUGAAUUUGGAUAUUUAAAAAAGGAUAAAAUUAAUAGUUAUUCUGAAAAUGGAGAAGCUGAGAAUCAUAUGAGUAAAACACCAGUCACUGAUUCCAUUGGUAAAGUUAAUGGAAAGCAGCAAAAUUUUGAAAUGACUAAAACAGCUUUUAGAAUUGAUGAUCAUAAAAUGAAUGAUGAAAACCAGAACAAAAAAUCUGAUAUUAAUGUUGAGGAGCAAAACAAGUCAAUUGAGUUGCAACAUAAUGAAAAUUUAAACAACUCUAAAUUAAAUUCAACUGAAGAUGAUAUCCCAAUUUCUCAAGAAAUUCCUUGUGCUCAGCCCAUUUCAAGUGACUUAAGUGUUUUUUCUUUAAUAGGAGCAUCAUCACAGUCAGUUAAGGAGAUGCAUGUAGUAGAGUCUACUGAAAUCCCAGAAAAAUCACAAAUUGUGACUGUAAAUGAGAAACAAUGUGUCGAGAAAGUUGAAACAGUGCCACUUCAUUCAGUUGAGGAUGUGCAUGUGAAGUCAACUGAAGUUGAGCAUCAUUCACCACCCCAGCCUGUUAUGGAGGAACAUGCAAGACCUUCUGAAGAUAAAAAUAAUUCACAGAUUAUGAUUAUAGAUUCAGAAGGGCGUGUUAAAGAGAUUGAAACAUUGAUUUCAGAAUCAGAACAAAUGCCCGCAGCAAAAGUAUCUAGAAAGCGUAAACAUACAAAGGACAAAUCUAAAAAAGGCUCCACAAGUUCCAAAAGUGCUAGAAAACCUGAUAUAUUUUAUUCUGAUACUGAACUGAAAAGUAUGCUAAAUUGUUUGAAACUGUGCUUAAAGUUAGUCUAAGUUGCUAUGUCUUAAAAUAAAGAUUUUGUUCCUUA